AUGGCUCGUAACCUUGCGAUCACUGCUGUUGACGGCUAUACUGGCUUCACAAUUGCCGACUAUAUCCUGCAGAAUGACUCCUUCAGGAAGAAGAUAGGGACUCUCACAGGACUCACAUUGGCACCAAACUCUCCACAUGCGAAAGAACUUGCAAAACAGGGUGUCAAGAUUGUCACUCACAAGCCUGGUCGCCUGAAGGAGAUGGUUGCCUUGCUAGAAUCAACUGGCGCCGACACUAUCUGCUUAAUUCCACCGGCCCAUGAGGAGAAGUUCGGUAUUACCGAAGAAUUGAUCGAAGCGACCAAAAAGGCCAACGUUCCCAAUGUCUGUUUUAUCAGUACCGCUGGUUGCGAUUUGGCGGACCCCAAUAGACAACCAGUGUUGCGUGAAUUUGUCGAGUUGGAAACCUUGGUCAUGGCUGCCAAAGGUGAUCCAGGGACCUCGACUGGACACUCUCCUGUCAUUAUUCGACCAGGCUUCUAUGCUGAGAAUCUCUUACUCUACAAAACUCAGAUUCAAGAGGAACAUUCUAUUCCACUCCCAAUAGGCGAGAACCAUAAGUUUGCACCCAUGGCUUUGAAGGACCUUGCAAAUGUGGCAGCACAUGUUCUUACUGGUCCACUACUCUGUGCAGGCAAAGAACUGGCAGAAGCGGCAUCCCAAGCAUUGGAAACGGAGAUCCAAUUCGAAAACAUCUCUGAGCGCGAGGCGAAGAAAGUUUUGACUGAACAGUCCUCCCUCAACCCAGCUGAGCUCCGGUAUCUCUUAGAGUACUAUGCAUUGGUCCGUGAGGGCAAGACUAACUACAUUUCCACCACUGCGUUCCAUGAUGUCACGGGUCAACAUCCCCUUGAGCCACCAGAGUUCUUCAAGGGAAUCAAGAACGAAUUAUUGGCCGCUUCCACACCCCCGAGCAAGAAAAGGAAGACGAACGGGCAUUGA